AUGGGUUUGUCAAUUUCUAAAUUGUUGUCUGGCCUUUUCGGUCGCAAAGAGAUGAGAAUCUUGAUGGUUGGUCUUGAUGCCGCCGGUAAGACCACCAUCUUGUAUAAGUUGAAGCUUGGUGAAAUUGUCACCACCAUCCCAACCAUCGGUUUCAACGUCGAGACCGUGGAGUACAAGAACAUCUCCUUCACCGUCUGGGAUGUCGGUGGACAAGACAAGAUCCGUCCAUUGUGGAGACACUACUUCCAAAACACCCAAGGUAUCAUCUUUGUCGUUGAUUCUAACGAUAGAGACCGUAUUGCUGAGGCCCGUGACGAAUUGCAAAGAAUGCUUAACGAGGAUGAAUUGCGUGAUGCCCUUCUCUUGGUGUUUGCCAACAAGCAAGAUUUGCCAAACGCUAUGAACGCUGCUGAGAUCACUGAAAAGCUCGGAUUGCACUCCAUUCGUCAACGUCCAUGGUACAUCCAGGCUACAUGUGCCACCUCUGGUGACGGUUUGUACGAAGGUUUGGAAUGGUUGAGUACAAACUUGAAGAGCACUGCUUGA